AAUCCAACAGCAAAACCACAACACUGCUACGCCUCAUGGACGAAUUUAAGUUUGUAAGUGUGAACCUGCAGCCGGUCCAGAACCAGCUCCAGCACAGGACGGACGGUCUGAGCUCCGGCUCUCUGGUAGUGCGGAGAGGACAACCAUUCACUGUGACAAUCAACUAUGCCGGACGACCAUACGACCCACUGCGGGAAAAACUACAGUUCAUAUUCAUUCUAGGUCCCCUGUCAGUGGAGGUGCCCGUCUCCUCAUAUGGACAGCCGUCUUCAUCAAAGUGGUCUGCAGUUCUGGAGCGCGGUUUACCAAACCCCAGUGGCUCUCGAGCUCUGACUGUGUCACUAAGCAGCCCUGCGUCCUCCUCUAUAGGAGUGUACACACUCCAACUGACAGUCCAGACUCGCUCCAGCACCAAAACACAUCUACUGGGCCAGUUCACACUCCUCGCCAACCCCUGGUGCCAAGCGGACUCUGUGUUCCUGCAGUCGGAGGAUCUCAGGAAUGAAUACGUCAGGAGUGAUUUCGGCCUGUUGUUUAAAGGCACCCCCGGUAAUGUGGUCUCCAGACCCUGGUCUUUCGGUCAGUAUGAAAAGGGUCUUCUGGACAUCUGUAUGAAGCUGCUGCAGCUCAGUCCUCAAUCUCAGACAGACAUGAAGAGAGAUCUGCUCAACCGCUCCAGUCCUAUUUACAUCGGCCGCGUCAUCUCGGCUAUGGUGAACUGUCAGGAUGAUAAAGGCGUGUUGAUGGGGAACUGGUCAGGUGACUACAGCGAUGGUGUCAAUCCCUCAGUGUGGUCGGGCAGCGCAGACAUUCUCAGGAUGUGGUCAGAAACACAGUUCAGUCCUGUCAAAUACGCCCAGUGCUGGGUGUUUGCUGCGGUCAUGUGCACAGUAAUGCGAGCGCUCGGUAUCCCGACUCGAGUGGUGACCAACUUUAACUCAGCUCACGACACCAACGGGAACAUGGUGAUAGAGGAGUAUUACACCGAGAUGGGGGAAAAACUGUCCAUCGGCCGGGACAGCAUCUGGAACUUCCACGUGUGGGUGGAGAGCUGGAUGAAGAGGCCUGAUCUGGGCCAAACUUAUGAUGGCUGGCAGGUUCUAGACCCCACACCACAAGAGGAGAGCGCAGGAAUGUACCGCUGUGGUCCUGCCGCUGUGAAGGCCAUUCAUGAGCAGAAAGUGGACGCGGCGUACGACGUGCCGUUCGUUUAUGCAGAAGUGAACGCAGACGUGCGGACCGUCAUCAUCAGAGACAGGAAGAUUUUAGGCGUCAGUGUUGAUAAAGAGCGAGUCGGAGCCCUGAUCUGCACCAAACGUCCUGGAGCCAUGACUAUGCUGGACAUCACAUCCGAAUACAAGACUGAGAUGGUUCUCAGCUCAGCUUAUGCUUUCAGCGCUGAUGUUCGAGGUGGUGAAGCAGCUCCAGCAAGAGUUGCUCCGCAGGGUCUUGCAGUUUCCCUCCAGCUUCUGAAAACACCUAUAAUCGGAGAAAGCAUUGCAUUCAGCAUCAUAAUCACCAACCAAGCAUCCAUUCCCAAACUGCUGAGAGCUCACGCGAACGCGCAGAAUAAAGAGUAUCACCGCAACCCUUUCGGAAGCUUCUGGGAGAAACACCACGAGCUGAAAAUCGGCCCCAGUGAAACGGUGACUAUAAACCAGGAGAUCUCCUUCAAUGAGUACAAGCUGAAGCAGGUUCUGGAGGAUUAUCUGGUCAAUCUGGCUGUGGUUGUGGAGGAUGUGAAGUCUCAGGAGAGAGUUCUGGCUUCAGAAGAGUUCAACAUCCACAGCCCGGCCCUCAGUAUACAGAUUCAGAACGAGAACGUCAUCGUGAACUCGCCGCAGGUUGCCAUGGUGACCUUCACCAACCCGUUUGACGUGGCAGUGACUGGAGAACUAACCGUAGCGGGUUCAGGACUCCUGGAGGAGAAGAUCCAAAUCAGAGUCUCGAUGCAGCCUCGAGAGGCCGUGAGGAGGCCUGUUCGUUUCAUUCCUCAGAUGACGGGCGCCAAGAUGCUUUAUGCUUGUUUAGUGUUGAUCAAUCUGCCCACCGUCCUGCACGGUUUCAAGACCCUCAGUGUUCAAGCAGCUUAGAGAUGUCCCAGACAUGGGCACUUGGAGGUCAAAAUGAUAUCAAAUUCACAUUAUAUAUUUAUUUAUUGUGUCAUUUUGUGUCUAAAUAUUGCUGUUUUUUUGGUUUGAAUGAUUUUGAAUUGUAUAUUUAUACAGUGUGUUCAUGCAAAAGCCUGAAAAUAAAGUAUUUCUAACAAUAUUUCAGUGAUAACACUAGUGUUUUCCAGCAGAGGGCAGACUUAUA